AUGGCUAAGACUCACUUCAGAGGCAGUCUAUAUUCUGCGGUUUGCCAAGAGGUUUAUGGAUCUCGCCGCGAGCUUGAGAAAGACGGCCACGGCUGUCCAAAGGAACCUUGUCUUCAAGAUCCAUCUCAGCAUGGACUCGCACAUCGUUACUCCGUCAAGCCUUGUGUUAAUAGUGAAACAUCCGAUCUCCCGAUAACAUGCGCAACUGAAAGCAAGAUUACCCACAAUCGGACGUACAGGGGUCCGGGAAGACCAACACUAACUGAUAUGAUGGAGUAUACAACAAAUGCCACGGUUACAGUUCCUCCAUUUAAAAAGAGGAGAAGCGCUUAG